AUGUCGCGUCCUAGGGCCCUGUCAGGCGCUGAUGCCCCGAAAGAACCACAUGCGGUGUCUCUCAAAGCUAGGACAGUCUUACGCUUGUCACGGCCGUCACUUUCGCACCAGUACCCCCUCCCAGCCUCCAACAGCACGAUCUCCACGAAAGCCUCUCUAAGUCACCCGUCCAAUGAUGCCGACGAUCAGUUUACAUUAGCGCCUCUGCUUACAUUGCCCCCCUCCUUCGGCUCCGUCUACGUCGGCGAAACCUUCGCGUGUACCCUCAGCGCAAAUAACGAAAUUGACGACCAUGAUGACGAACGAGUCCUCAAAUCAGUACGCAUUGUUGCGGAAAUGCAAACACCGUCCUCGGUGACGGUCCUCGAACUAGAACCACCCAGCGAUUCGGCCCAAUCUGACGGCCUACACAUCGGUGAGUCGUCACAGAAGAUCGUACGAUUCGAUUUGAAAGAGGAAGGGAAUCACAUCCUGGCUGUUAGUGUCAGUUAUACGGAGACGAAGAUUGGGUCCGACUCGCAGGCAGCCAGUGGCCGGGUCAGGACCUUUCGCAAAUUAUACCAAUUUGUGGCACAGCCCUGUCUGAGUGUACGAACCAAGGCUUCUGAGCUACCACCAUUAGAAGUGGGCAACAAAUCACUCGGACCGUAUGGGAAGACGAAGCUACUUCGAUUUGCCCUGGAGGCACAACUGGAGAACGUAGGAGAUGGCGCAGUGGUAGUUACGCAAACCAAACUUAUCCCCAAGCCACCAUUCCAAUCGAAAUCCCUGAACUGGGACACGAUGAGCCCGACGAUGUCAGUGGCGUCACCACCUACACUUAAUCCGCGCGACGUGCUGCAGGUUGCCUUUGUUGUGGAACAGGAAGAAGGCCGAACCGAGGGCCUCGACGCCCUCCAGAAAGAUUUAAAGCGCGACGGUCGUGCCACGCUGGGCCAGCUGUCGAUCGAAUGGCGCGGCGCCAUGGGGGACAAGGGGUUCCUCACCACGGGUAACCUCAUGAGCCGGAAACGCGGCUGA